AUGCAUCGCACCUACUCUAUGCGCCAGUCGCGAGCCCCGACUGCCUCGCAAAUCGAGAACCCUCCCCCACCACCAUCCAGCACCAAGUCAGGCCGAUUGUUUGGUCGCAACAACUUUGGCCAUGCCUUCCGCAAGAACGCCGCAGGUGCCUUUGGCCCUGACCUCGCCAAGAAGCUCUCUCAGCUCGUCAAGAUGGAAAAGAACGUCAUGAGGAGUAUGGAGUUGGUUGGCCGCGAGAGGAUGGAGGUUGCUCAACAACUCUCAAUCUGGGGCGAAGCCGGUGAUGAUGAUGUUUCCGAUGUUACCGACAAACUCGGUGUUUUGAUUUACGAAAUCGGUGAAUUGGAGGAUCAGUUCGUCGACCGAUACGACCAGUACCGUCUUACGAUUAAGAGCAUUCGCAACAUUGAGGCUUCUGUGCAGCCCAGCAGAGACCGCAAGCAGAAGAUCACAGACGAGAUUGCAAAAUUAAAGUACAAGGACCCCAACUCCCCACGCAUCGUCGUCCUCGAGCAGGAAUUGGUCCGCGCCGAAGCCGAGUCUUUGGUCGCCGAAGCCCAGUUAUCCAACAUUACUCGUGAGAAGUUGAAGGCCGCAUUCACCUACCAGUUCGAUGCUCUCCGCGAACACUGCGAGAAGAUUGCCAUUAUUGCCGGAUACGGAAAGCACCUCCUCGAGCUCAUUGAUGACACCCCAGUUACGCCCGGAGAAACGCGCCAGGCAUACGACGGCUAUGAUGCCAGCAAGGCCAUCAUCCAGGACUGCGAGGACGCUCUCACCAACUGGGUCACCUCUGAAGCUGCUGUUCACUCGAACUUGUCGACCCGAUCCCGCACAUUGUCGCAGCGACGCAGGAACAAUAUCAAGCGCGGCGUUGAGGAUGGAGAUGAACUUAAAGACCAGGACUCCUGGGUUGCUGCCCACCAACACGCUGGUUACCAUGAAGAUGAUGUGAGCGAAGACGGUAUUCCAGAGGAUGACGGCAGCAUUGCCCACAGCGGCGCGAAUGGAGAAAUCCGUGGCCGUGCUGAAGAACGCGAGCCUGUCGCUGCUUAA